UGCAUCAAUUGUUGACUUGUGAAGGAUUCAAAUCCAUCAUUGACCUACCUGCUCUUUCCCCUCGAUCUAUGUAGCAUAAAAGUCACAGUCAGGCCACACACACACACACACACACACACAAACAAACCAGCGGAAAGCCGGCCAGGCACACGAGCGAUAGACAGACAGACUUGAUUCACAAAUCAGUGAAUGAAAUCGAGAUCACUCAGGCACGUAGCCAUCACCUCUUUGGCAGCAACUACUGCAGCAUUCGCGAAGGAGCACAAAGCAAGGGGGUCGGUAUAUAAGAACAUAUUUCUCGCCCUCUUCCCUCCCACAUGCACUCGCACACGCACUCUCUAGGUCUCGCUUGAGCAAAAGUGAUUGACAACAUGGCAAUGAUGAUAUUGACAGCAGGCCCCUCUCUCCCUCCCUCUCAGGCAGACAAGACACGUUUGGGUGAUUUGAGUGAGAGAGAGUGAGUCAGUCCGGUCCCUUGGCUUCGCAAGGGCCGCACCUGUCCUCCGCCCCGUUCCUCUGCCCCGACUGGUCACGCUGGCUGUGGUGGUGGUGAUGGUGAUGCUCGGAGUGGCCCAACGGGCCUGUAAGCGACAUACACACAUACAGGCAAACGUGCGAACAAUACACACACAUGGAUGGAUGGAUGGAUGGAUGUGCCGUGUGCAGUGGGAGAGGGUGCGGUGUGUGGUGCGUACGGUCGGGGCAUAUGACGUCUCGGAUGAGUGUCUUGAGCUGCAUGCGACACAAGGAAAGAAAUGGAGGGAGGAGAGGACGAUAUGACACCGCUUCCUCCAUGCAGCGAGCGUCAUUUGUGGGGAUCUUUCGGUUCGUUUGUGGGUACCUACCUCUUUGGCUUCAAUGAAGUGGCCGCCCUUCUCGCGGCUGAAAACUAUCACACCGUUGCACCUGCGCACAUCACAUGAGCAGACAGACGACACACAGAUCUGUCAGCGAUGCUUCUCUGCAGUAUUCUCUUCUCUACCUGAUGACGAAGACGCCCCCUGGAGGAUCAUUGUUCGGAAUCAGCGCAACCUCGCCAAUGUCCUUCUGCACAGGCAGAUCACACACGCCAGCAACAACACCACACAAAGAGAUGCAGGGACGCCAUCGAGGCGAGCGGGAUACUGCGUAGGUAUCUCAGUUCUCACUGCGAAUGUCGAGAGCAGCUCCUGCGCCAUCCAGGCUGCACGAAGCAUCCAUCUGCACCCCACACAGUACCUGCGCACACGCCACAACCGCACCGCACAAAGACAAACUCACACAUGUAUGUAUGCAGCAACGCGUUGGAUCUUUGUGUUUUCCUCACUCUAUCUCAAUCCUGGGCUCCGGCAUUCUUCGGCGCACGUACUUUCCUCUGCUUCUCCUCUUCAACUCAAGGCUAAGC